AUGUUCGUUACAUGCUCAACGGCGACAUGCAAUCGCUCGGGGGUGCUCUCCAGAAGCUUCUCGACGAGCCGUGACAGGGUCAGUGUUUCAAGCUUGUCCCACCGGAUCUCGAAGCAGCUUCCUUAUCAACCGCCCCUCAACGGGUUAACCUGUAUGGUUACGGGCGGCUCAUCCGGUAUUGGCUUUGCAAUUGCAGAACGAUUUUUACGCGAGGGAGCAGAAAAGGUGAUUCUUGUCGGGAGGAGCAAGAAAAGACUAAGAGACGCUGUUAGGGAGUUAGAAGGAGACUUCCCAUUAACAUCCAACGACAACCUCCCGCAAAAUGACAGUGUGGAUAUUCACGACACAGCAGAAAGGGCGACCCGGCCUGUCCAAAGUAUAGAAUAUGAUAACGUGAUGCACGAUCAACCGCGCAAAGUCAGCAUUGCGGCUGCGAAGGACUGUGAAAUAUCUCACGUCGGUCAACACUUCACACUUGCCGUUGGGGAUGUUGGGAACCCGGCAUUUUGGGGUGAUGAUAUUAAAAAACUAAUGGACACGGUCGACAUCCUCAUUAACGCCGCUGGAAUCUCCUACACCUCUCUCCUCCCACUAGCCAAGGACGAGGACAUCACUGCCAUGAUCCACACAAACCUUCAAGGUACAAUCUUCGCCUGCCGUACCAUGGCGCGACGCGCAAUGCGGUCCCAUUCCCGCCAAAAGUUCACAAAUGCCAAUGGUGAUAAUGGUGAUAAUACUUCCUUCACAAAAUGCAUAAUUAACAUAUCAUCCCUCCACGCGACGAAAGGCGGCGUUGGAGCCGCGACUUACGCUUCCACGAAGGCAGGCGUGGUGGCGCUGACGCGCGCAAUUGUAGCGGAGAGCGCUGGCGCACGGCAAUGGGCAAGGUUGCGAGCCAAUGUUAUUGUGCCGGGGUAUAUCGAGACGAAGAUGGUUGAUGCGACAGUGAGUGAACAGGCUCUGCAGGCGAUUCCGCUGCAUCGUUUUGGCACAGUGGAAGAAGUUGCCGAUGCGGCGGUUUUCCUCGCGACGAAUCAAUAUGCAAAUAACUGCCUGGCCUUCGUUCUGCGUGAGCAACAUAGCAUGUAA